GGAUUAGCUUGUUGGAGCUGGUGAUGUGUGUUAGCUCCUUGCUGCAUGUGAUCUAUAUCCUUGCUUGCUUGUGCUGUAGGUAGAACAAUCUCAUGUAAAGCCAGAGAUUAAGUGGAAAAGGAGAUAUAGGAGCAGGCAGGUGCUGAAUCUGAGUGUCACCCAGGUGUCUCAGCAAUAAAUCCCUCUGUUUCCUAGAAAGGAGAAUGUUUUAUCUUUGUGAACAUGACUCCAAAAUAAACAGACUCUCCUCUCUUCUUCCCUUGAACUUCUUUCACUUGCCGCCCUUCCCGGAUCCUUAGGGAAUGGAUUCCUCCUGCCUCUGACCACUCUUCCCUCAGAUUCUCAGGCCUUUUUGAACGUGAAUCUUCUUUUACAAGGAAAGAGAUUUGCAUUUCAGAAGCCGGGCUUGUAAAAUCCUCUCCAGAGCCGCCCUUCCCCGCCCUCAGGCGUUACUUCACUCCUCCCACUGAUCUGCUUUUCCACAGAAGUCCCUUUCAAAUUGUCACUUUUGUCAGGGCAGUGCUUUUUCCUAUCUGUUCUCUCCAUCAGAGCUGCUUAACUGGCUCCUGGGGACAAACCCGGGCAGAUCCUCUGGGAAUGCAUCCCACAGGCAAGAGCAUGGAGCGACUCCAGCUUAAAAUCAGGCUCUGCCCGGGAUACAAGGCUCACUGUCGUCUUUUCCAGGGGCUAAAGAUCAUGGUCCGGCAGCAAUAGUUAUUGCAGGAAUGUUGAUUCUUCACUCCUGUUCCUCCUGGAAGAAGAAAAUGAUGGAGAGAUUUAGGUCAGGAUGAGAAAGAGUUUGUGGUGCCUGACACCAUCGAUUCGAGGGUUUUCCUUCACUGAUCCAACCUUCUGCUGCACUGGAUUAAGUUGGUACCUGGUGGUGUUCCCAGCUCCAGUGCUGAGCUGGAUGUGAAUCCCAGAGCUGGAUGUAAAAACUGGGCAAAAAACUGGGUUGGUUUUAGUUCUGUGUCACUCCUGCAGGUAACUUUCUAUAGAGUUAUCAGGAUCUGAGCAUUUUUGCUCUCACAAUUGGUUUUUGCAGGUUAGGUGGGAGUAGUUCAUCACUGCAGUAAAGAGGCAAGACCCAGCAGUGAGGGUGAUCCCUCUCUUACCAGGUGUUUAAAGAUAAGUGUUAUUAACUCAAACUAUUUGUUUUCCUGUCACAAUCGACUUUUAAAACAACGAAUCUUUUUGGUUGAUGGAACCACCCUUAAAUAAUUUAGAAAUGAAGCAUCAUAACUCAUCAGUUGGUAGGUAAUGUUCUGGUCUCUGUAUCUGCAUCUGCUGCCUUCCCAAAAGCUUCCCUACAAAGGGAGCUGCAGUAGUUUGAGAAAAGUCCUUAAAAAUACUCAUUAACCUCCAUAGUAAAUUAUCCUAUUGUCAAAACUUGUUCUGUGCCGUAAUUUUCCUAAUUAGGGCUUGUCUGCAGAUCCUGCCUGUGCAUUUAUGUGGUUUGCUUUCAUGGCCCUGGGGCAAACUCUUCCCAGACUGAUCUAAAAUUGUUAAUUCAGUUUUAACUGUAGCUGGCAAAAGCCAUCCCCGUGUCCUUCCUCCUCCCAGCCCCUACUUCAUCCUUCCAACAAGAGGCUUUUCAGGGUAAUGAACUGUGAGGGCCAACUUUCCAUUUUCCUUGCAGUGUCACGAUAUAAAACUGCUGAAAAAACCAGCCUGUUUCACAUGUGAAGCUUAAAUAUUUUUCUAAUCUUUUUACAAAUAGAAACGGUAUGGGCUGGCAGGAGGGGGAGGAAUUUCCUUAGACUGAAAACUGUGGUUUGGAAAAUUGAUGUUGUGUUUUGAGCAGAUUUGUUGAAGGAUCCCUCAUUUCCUUAAAUCACAGAAUAGCUCCUAGGAGGGUCUGUUCUGUGAUCUUCCUCCUUUCUAUCCUUUUUAAAGACAGGUGCAGUGUUUCCCUUUUCCCAGUCACUUGGGACUUCACCAUGACUUUCCCAAUAUCCUGCAGAGUGGCUCAGCAAUUCCCUCAGGACUCUGGGAAUAUGGGGUCCCAUAUGUUUGGAGGAUGACCCAAGUGCAUGUUUGGGUUCCUCAGGUGGUCAUGAACCUGAGCUUCUCUUACAGAAGAUGGGAUUUUGCUCCCCCAGCCCCAUCUUGGUGUCCAUCUGUUGCUGAAAUUAAUGUUCAUUGGCUAUAAAUUACACAAUUCCCUUCAUUAUUUAGUAUUCUAUCUUCUAUUUGUUACUGAUUUCUCGCUUCUCAUCCUAAUUAGCCCACAUUUUUCAGUCUUUUCAUUAUCUUUUUCCUAGAUAGGGAGGGGUUCAGUACAAAUGCUGAAUUGUCUUGGUUAGUUUCUUCUUUAUCUCGUGGUUCUGCAACCUUGUGGUCCAUAAAUUCUGCAUUUCUCGUGUCCAGUCUGAGCAAUCUCUCUCUCCCAGGCUUUGUUAACCUCCCUCUAGGUCUGAGAUCGUUUCCAAGCAUAUCCGGUUGCUUUAGCAAAAGGUAAAUCCAGUAAUUUUCCCAAACUGUGUUCCCACAAGAGCAGCUUGUGGCAAACCUUUUUAAAUGCUGGCUACAGUGGCACGUGACAGAGUGGGAAAUGACAUUUCUUGUGAUGGAUUAAACCAAUUAAUUAGAAAAUUAUUAGGAAAGUUAUAUCUGUUCCAAUACAGACAUGAGGGCAGUGAGGUUGCCAGUGAAGACUGAAGCAAAAAGAGUCCCACAGGCUUCUCCUUGUCCAUCAUCUCCAGUUUCCCAGUCUGGCUUGGGGGGGAUACACUUCCUCUGACCUUCUUUUCCUGGCAAUGGACCCGUAGAAGCCCUCCUUGUUUGCAUCCCGUGCCAAGUUCAGCUCCAGCUGCACCUUGGACUCGCUGCCCCCCUCCCUCCCCAACUGGAGGGCAUUCCUGCAAACCCAGGGCUCCUCCAAUGCACAGAGGGGGGUGUUUUCCAGGGGAGCUGCUGUUCUGAUCUGUACCUGCCAGACUGGCUGAACUUUAACACCCUUAUUCCAUCUUUGCCACAUCCGUGAUUACACAUUGACCGAACAGCAAAUAAGUCUAAAGAUCACCCGGACAAAGCGCGGCCCAGAUGGCUUCAAAACACCCAGCUGGGGAGGUUCUUCCUCGGAGGCUCUCCCUGAUUUUUGCAGGAAUGGCCCCAGGCCUCAGUGCUCCCCCAGCAGUCACAGCCAGGCUGGUGGUGCUGCUGUCCCUGCUGGGUUUGGCUGUGGGUGGGAAGCUCCUGGUGGUGCCAGUGGACGGGAGCCACUGGCUCAGCAUGAGGCAGGUGCUGGACAGUCUGCGGCAGAGGGGACACGAAAUAGUUGUUGUUGCACCUGAAGUGAGUCUGUACAUCAAGCCAUCUGAGAGUUUUGUGAUGAAACCCUUUGCAGCACCGCUCACACUGGAAGAGGUGAAGAAAGAAUUUCAGGCAUUUUUGCAGAUUUCCUUUGAGGAAGGAUCUUUUCUGACAAGACUUCUUAAAGCAUAUGAAGGGAUGAAAAUACUCGGUGAAUUGUCAGUUCUCAGCUGUGAAUGGCUCCUGAAAAACCAAGAGCUCCUCAGGUAUCUUCAGGAGAGCCAGUUUGAUGCCCUCCUCACAGACCCUGUAGUUCCCUGUGGGUUGAUCCUUGCAGAGCAUCUUUCCCUUCCCUCCGUGUACUUCCUCCGAGCAGUCCCCUGUGGUUUGGAUUUUGAAGCCACCCAGUGCCCCAAACCCCUUUCCUACAUCCCCAGGGAAUUUUCACAGCUCACAGACCACAUGACCUUCUUCCAGAGGGUGGGGAAUCUACUCUAUGAGAUCCCAAACUUUUUCAUCUGUGAUUUUGCCUUUCAACCCUUUGCCAAAAUGGCUUCGGAGUUCCUGCAUCGGGAUGUGACUGUGCUGGAUCUCCUGCGCCAGGGCUCCGUCUGGCUCCUGAGGGUAGAAUUUGUGUUAGACUAUCCCAGGCCUUUGAUGCCCAACAUCAUUCCCAUUGGAGGAGUACACUGUGCUCACAAGAAGCUGACUCAGGUGGGUCUGGCUUUGAUUUGUGCUGUGGUUGAUUUAUGUGUCCUGAGGGUGAAGUUUUGUGUUACAGAGAGGAAUUGAGUUCCCUUUUUGGGUGCCAGUCCCCUCACAGAGUGUUUUAAAUCUCUGCUCUGCCCUCUGAGCUCCCAGAUCCAACCUGUCCAUGCCCUGAGGCAGGGCUGGGACACUAGGAGUGCUGCUUAGGGUGGAUGGUGUGUCCUGCAGGAACCUGCCUCAUCCUCCCAUCUUUUCAGUCUUCUCAGCCUAGAGAGUGAUUCCAAGAGCUGUUCCACAGCCUGGGGUUCUGGGCCUCCCAGAGCUGAGUUUCCUGUGGUAGAGGCAGCAGGCCUUGCCUGGGAGAAGCCUGUGCAGGGCUGUGGUGCUGUGCAGGUGACCCAUCUCCUGCAGGGGCGGAAGGCCCCUCCAGAGGGAAGGUAUCAGGAGUGCAGUCCCAGCCAGAGCUGCCCUGGCCUCCAAGGACACU